AUGGAAACAAUAAGAAGUAAUAGCAAGUCCUCAAAUGACGGAGAGUCUAAUGAACGUCGAGAUGAUUCUUUACUGGCUAAGAUUUUCUCUUGCAAUUUUUGUCAGAGAGAGUUCUCGACUUCCCAAGCACUCGGUGGCCACCAAAACGCUCAUAAACAUGAGCGUGCCAUAGCGAAAAGGCGCAAAGGGUUGAUCGAUACCUUUGUCACCUCGCACUACCAUCCUUACUAUCAUCCCUACUCAACUACUUCGUCACAAAUGCCUACUUUUUCGUCGCAAAUGCCUGUCUAUAACACUUUGAGCAAUAGGUCCCUUGGUUUGAUGCCCAACUUUCAUAGGCUGCCUUCUUAUCAUCAAUCGUCACUUUUGGGACGAAACUACUCACGCCUCGAGGACAUAAUAAGGCCAGCAAAUAAUAUGAUAAUCAAUAGUGGUGCCUUUGCGACGGAUCCCGUCGCAAAUUCAUCUAAACUGGAGAUCAAAAUGGGUAAACUUACUUCUACGAUUAAAGUUGAUGGUAAUCGUACUUCUGCAGGUGAUUCAAAAAUUGAAGGUCAAAACAAUCCUUUAUUGGGAGGUGAUGAGAAGGGAAAGGAUGAAGAAGAUGCUUGUGGGAUGGAUUUGACUCUAAAGCUUUAA